AUGAUGGAAAGGAAAGUGGAGACGAGACACGUGCAAUGGGCUUCUGAACUGCACUCGGAGUACCGCAGCACGUACAGAUGGCACGAGUACAAAGAGCAACAGCAGCAGCCAGGGGUGCUCAAGCAGCCGGCGCCCGCGCCGCCCUCCGCAUUGCCUAUUGCCAGAGGAGUAAUCGAACCCGCACUGCCACGUCGCAAGAAGUACCCCGGAGUAGCCUACAAGACCAAUGAGUUCUUUGACCCGGCUCCGUCUGAUGAAAUCCGGCCACAACAGAACGCUACCUUCGACCGCGCCCGGAGCGCUCAAAGAAAUGACUCGGACCGCGCCGGGCGUCGCAGCAAGUCUGAAGGUCCUCGCCAGCCAAGGUGGACGGAUACUGUGGAACCCAAGGCAACUACCGCAUUAGGGGAGGUGUUAGCAGCCAAAGAACCGGAGCCCGUGUCAGUGAGCACAGAAUAUCGCAACCAGUUCGCCUGGCCUAAAGACACGACUGAUGCGCCUAGGAAGAGCAUUUCUAUGGGAGCGCUGAAGAAAGCAGCUGCUGCUGAAGGGUCUGUAGAAGCGGAGCCGCUGAUGAACCACAUCGAUGGUGAAGAUGACCACAAGCGUUACAUUGAAGAUUAUCUGUGGAACGGGCAGAAGCCAGGGGUUCAAAGAAAAUCGACGUUCCGUAGCGCGCUAUCGGCCCUCAUAUACAACGGAGAGGAUCGUUCCAAAGAUAAUAGGAAACGGGGAAAGGGAAGUCAAAUGAGGAGGCGAGCGAGAGGUUGGUGGGCGAGGGCGAGGGGGUCGGGGCUAGGGGGGGCGAGUGCGCCGAUCGCCCCGAUUGCCCCCGGGGCGGCCGGAGAGGACAGCGCGAGCACGCUCCGUGCGGCCGGCCUGCAGCCGCUCGGGCUCGCACAAGGCGAUUCCUGGUACCGCGAGGUGCUGGACCUGCGCAAACGCGCCGGCGAAUACAAGUAUCGUGGCUGGGGAACCGAGCUGGCUCCAGAGCACAUCACUCAGCUUUACAAUAAGCAGAUCGAGCUCUGGUACCAAGUGUCCCGUCGGUCCUCCCUGUCUGCGCUGUCACUCGCUUCCACCAAUCACAAAGCACUGCCGCGUGACGAGAAAGAUGGUAAAGACUCGAAGAAUCACUCCCCGAAGAAAUAUAGAUCAUUCCGGUCAGUACCUCACCAGUCCAUUCAUGCAAAGCUGCAAGAGACCAAGGCUCUUGAGCGCUCACCCCACAAGACAUCGCCCCAAAAACAGAGGAAGAAACUCCAGGGGCAUAGUUUUGAUGAAGGGGCCGCUCAGGAAGGGCCUAAAACCGAAGGAGCCUAUCGUUCUCCACGAAGGCGACCACGCUCUGCGGACCCAGCGCCUGUCACCAGUGCUCGACAUCUGCCCAAUGGACAUGAAGCUCAUCCACGACCCCCUAAACCUACUGGUUUGCCGUUAAGUAGGGGCAGUAGUAAUAGAGUUAGGUCAUCAUCGAGGGGUGGAAGGUCACCCUCUGCGCCUCCAAAAACUGGGCCAGGGACAAAUGGGACAGUGGACGCGAAUGGGGCACUUGAGAAGGGGAAACGGAGUCGGAGCGUCUCCAAAGUGGGCAUAAAAUUGGAUGACGAAAUGCCAUCUCAUCGCAGCGCGUCCGUUGCUAAAGACCACUUCUUCGACGACUCUCCAGUAGUCAAAUCUCCACCGGAACCCACCAGGGUUAAGUCCCCGGAACAAAUGAACAUGCGUUCCCCAGACCCGGUCAACUGGACCGUGCCUCUUGACACUGGCAAGACAUUCACCGUGACACAGAAUGUCAAAAGCGAUGAGAACGUAAAGCGCCCUAGCUCUGACUUUAAGGGUAGCUCCGUGGCCGAAGACGCCCCCGCGAAGCCGGCAGAGAUCGCCCCGAUACAUCACCAGCAGAUGUCACCGAUACGUUCGUUGAGAAAGAGCGAAUCGCCCACGAGUCUGAGCAAACGCGUCGAUAAGACCCCGACGACGCCGAUAAGCCUGACUCCGAUAGAUGAGACCAAGGCCCUCGAUCUGAAAGUGAACGGCGUCAACGGAACCAGCGAUCAGUUGACACCGGAAACCCCAGUCAAGGAGGUCAAAGAAAAGGAAGUUAUCAAAAAGUCAACCGAAGCUACUCAGAUCGCGCCGGGCGUCGUCGAUACGACAGUGGUGAAUGACACACCAAGUACAGGCGGUCUGACGGCCUCGGAAGUUCUAGACCGUGCCCGAUCUAGAUUCGACAAAUUCUGGGGCAAAAAGGAGGACGACGUGUAA